AUGGAAGUUUCAAUAUGGGAAAAAAUUCUCAAUUUUGCUGAUGUUGUAAUGAGAGUGCCACCUCUAUUUAUCAUCGACGAGUUACUUAAAAUUGGCCUUGGUUUACCCAAUGAUAAUAUUGCACUGAAAAAUAAUGAACAUAGUUUUAAAACUAGCAAUUUAUCAAGCAUCACUAAUUCAAUCUCAGCAGUUACAACAGACUCAUUUCUGAUGGAACAGUUUGAUUUGACUCAUCUCGCUUACAAGACUUAUAUGAUAAUCAUGUUUAAAUUUUUAUGUUGUUGUAUAGGUUUUCUCGCAGCCUUAUACUCAUUCAUGUUAUGUACUAGACAUUUGAUAAUCGUAUAUUUAUAUCUAAUAUCUGUAGGAGUGAUAUUUGUAUCGUACUGGUCAAAUGUUAGUACCAUGAAAGCGAUCAUAAUCUACGUGAGCGCCCAUGAAUCAACAAGCAGUAUACUUGACAAUAUAUUAUGUUUAAAUCUAUCGGAUGUUAUGUAUAAUGGGCCAGGUUUUCUAAUUAUUCAAAACUAUAUACUGCAAUGUCUGUUAGCCAGUGUCUUUUGUUACAUACAUCUUGCCCCAAGGCACCCUAUAGUUCAAAAGCUUCUUGUACUAAGCUUUAUGUCACCAUCCAUCUUGGGUAUCCAUCCUUUAUCGGUACAUUAUCUGUAUCACGCACCAGUGUGUGCAACGUUAAUUCCGCUAGCUGUGUGUAAAUUCGUCAUCUGGUAUAACGGUGUUUCUAUGUUAAAAACAAUCUACAUGGGCUAUAGGCACGCACGCAACUUUAUUAUCAAUUAUGGAUUAUCGGCUCUCGCGGAAACAGAAUGGAUGCGUCUGAACGUGCCAUGUGUACUUCGAACAUUUUGGAUGUUGCGAGUAGCAGAACAAGUGAUUGAAAUCCUCGGUGAUCACUACGGCAAAGAAACAUUUAAUUAUUACGUCAUGAUCAGAACGUUGCUAGUAAACGGAUGCGAGACAUUGACAGCUGUUCUCGGUAUGACUAGCAUAAUCUCGUUCAUCUGUCAUUAUAUUGGCUGUUUCUUUCAAUGGAUACUAUUAACGGAAGAUGAAGAUGAGAAAAGUAUCGGUACGGUGUCUGCUAUCCUGUUCUACGUUCUUGCUCUGCAGACUGGACUGACGAGUCUUGAUAAAGAGAAGCGUCUAGUACGACUAUAUCGUAAUUUUUGUCUAUUAUUCACGGCGAUUCUACAUUUUGUGCAUAAUAUAGUGAAUCCACUCUUGAUGUCACUUAGCGCUUCUCAUAACCCAGCACUACAUAGACAUUUACGGGCUUUGGCGGUCUGUGCUUUUUUGAUAUUCUUUCCAGUAUCUUUACUUGUAUUUUUGUGGUCGCACUUUACUGUGAGCACAUGGUUAUUAGCUGUAUCGGUCUUUAGCAUCGAGGUAAUAGUCAAAGUACUGGUCUCGCUAGCAAUUUAUUCGCUAUUUUUGAUCGACGCGUAUAUAAGUGCGUUCUGGGAACAAUUUGACGAUUGUGUUUAUAUAAUAAGAUCAUUUGGCAAUACUGUGGAAUUUGCUUUUGGCAUUAUAUUAUUCUUUAAUGGUUUCUGGAUAUUGAUUUUCGAAUCAGGUGGAGCUAUUCGCUCAAUUAUGAUGUGCAUACAUGCCUACUUUAAUAUCUGGUGCGAAGCGAAGGCUGGAUGGAGCGUGUUUAUGAAACGACGAACGGCUGUGAAUAAGAUUGAUUCUUUACCGGAAGCGAAAGCAGAACAACUUGAACGCUUGGAUGAUGUUUGCGCCAUUUGCUACCAGGAAAUGCAAAGCGCCAAGAUCACACAAUGCAAUCAUUAUUUCCACGGCGUAUGCUUACGAAAAUGGUUAUACGUUCAAGAUCGAUGUCCUCUUUGUCACGAUAUACUAUAUAAAGUUGAAAAUAUGCAAAAUAAAGACGGCGGCACAGCUCUCAUUGAAGGAAAUGACCGAAAUGACCGAAACGAUGUUCAAGAUGAUACAAUUGUACAUGCCAGACAAAAUUCCAAUGUGCAAUCUCAUCAGAAUAAUCAGAGACAAUUUGCCGAGCGUUUAAACGAAGGCAGAUGAAACAAUGCGACAUUUUACGCACUUUUUGUGAUAUGAUACAGACAUUGAUUUUUUAAUGCUUUGAUUGCGCGUGCGCAAAGCAUCGACGUUUCUGGAAUUUUUCUCAAAAAUUUCGCAAAACAUUGUAAAUUAUUGUGAUUACCGUGUAAGUACUUGAAUCUUUCUUGUAAAUAAGCUACAACAAUUAUUCUUAGAAAAAAAAACGAUCACAUACAACGAUUAUUUUGUAAUAAAAAAAUAUUUCCCGUGUAGUUUCACAACUUUGGCUUUUUGCCGAUUUGACAAACGUCCAUUACUAAAUGUAUUUUUGAUUCGUUAUGCUAGAAUCGUCAUAUAUAGCGUGAUAUACAAGUUUCUAUGUACAUGCCAUGUGCUUCCAUUUCUUAAUCAUGAUAUACGAGUUUCCUAUCAAAUUGAGUGAGAGAAAGAAAACGAAAAGAAAGGAGAGAAAAGAUUUACACGAUUUAAGAUUUUUUUAAUACUAAGACUUGAAAAUAUAUUAAAUUAAAGCCGAAACGUUGGCAAUGUAAUCGCAAGAUCUUGAGAAGGAUGCAAUAAAUAUGUUAUUUGCGCAAAAA